AUGACAUCAUCUUCACUAUACCUGAUAUCAUCUUCACUAUUUCCGACUUCAUCUUCACUUCUCCUGACCUCAUAUUUUCUGAAAAAGGAGAAAACCACUGUUUUUCAUGCCAGAGGAAUACUUGUUGGAUGUGGCGAGGCUGGGAAAACAACACUACUGAAGCGAUUAAGAGAGCAAUGCCAAAAUCACAGUGACGUGAAAAAGUCGACAAAGGGACUAACAACACUGCUGAAUCGAUUUAAAGGGAAACAUCAAAAUGUUGGUGAAGUUACAGAGUCCACCAGGGGACUGGAAGUCCAUAAACAUCUCUUCAUUGUUAGAGAUGGAAUUUUAGAAGUGGCUGGUGAUGACUCACCAUUGAAGGCAUUUAUCAGGAUAAACGCUGAAGAAUUGAAACCAGAACCGAGCAGUGCAGAUGACACCUCCAACUCGAAUGAAAAUGAAGACAAUUUGGAUGCAAAAAGUUCUGAUAAAGACACUGAAGUAACAGACAGCAGAGAAGAAAAGAAAGAAAGGAAUGUUGAGGUGUCCAGUUCUCCAACUAAAGGCAAAGAAGAAAAGAAAGAAGGGAAUAUGGAAAAGUCUAUGUCCCCGAGUGAAGGCGAAGAAGAGAAUACAGUAGAAAUAAUGACCAAUGUUCUCUCCUCAGAGGCACAAGCAAUGGUUGAGUAUGAAAUUUUGGAAAAAAUCUUGUCUGAGAAAGAAAAGUUUCCAACAGUAAGCAUGCUGGACUUUGCUGGUCAGUUAGCGUAUUAUGCUUGCCACCAAAUUUACGUAACACCAAAGGCCUUCUUCAUCCUUGUGUUGGACAUGACUAAGAGGUUUGACAAUAUUGUCAGUAAAGAGAAAGAUAACCAGGAAGGAUCAAUCUUCUCUGUGUGGACUUACAAAGACUACCUUAAGUUCUGGAUAACCUCAAUCAAGAAAUUUGGAGGCACUAAGGCACCAUUGUUUCUCGUUGUCACACACACAGAAAGAAAAUCUACUGAUGAGAUAGAGAAGUAUUUUGAGGAAUUCUGGGAGGCAGUACCAGCUGAGGACAGAGAUUGGUUAAAAGAAUCUCUUAAAGACCGUACAUAUACAGUGGGUCUAGUUAAACUUAAUGAUCACACGAAAAGAAACCUGGAUUCCAUGACAAAGUCCAUCGUUGAACUAUUUACAAAUGAGAACAAUACAAAAAUUGAGUUACCUUCUUCAUGGGCUUUAAUGGAGCAGUUAUUAUAUGAAGGAGCCUGGAAAGUUUUGCCCCCGUAGUGAAA